CUUCGGACUGACCAGACGUUCUCCCGCUGACUGUAGACCUAGUUUUACGCGCCACCUGUUGCUGUACUCGCACUUAGGACCAACGGAACUUGGUGGAGCUUUUUCUGCGUUUAGCCCAAUCUAAUUUUCUCCAUCGCGAUCCGACACUCUGCACUGGACAUGUGGUGGAUGCUGUACCCGCGAUGGAUUUGGUUUCUUGUCGGACACCUCUGCUUUCUGCGGUUGGACUCUGUGGUCAGGGCGAUGGCUGUGCCCAAGCUCGUUUAUUCACACGCGGGAAUGUGCCCCAAUGAAAUGAACCCAAACCUGUGGGUGGAUGCGAUGAGUACCUGCGAGCGGGAGUGUGAAUCCGAUCGGGACUGUGAAACAUUUGAGAAAUGCUGCGCCAACGUUUGCGGACUCAAGAGCUGCGUGGCGUCCCGCUACUUUGACAUCAAGGGCAAGAAGGGGCCGGUGGGGAUGCCGAAGGAGGCGACGUGCGAGAAGUUCAUGUGCAGCCAGCAGGGCUCCGAGUGCGACAUCUGGGACGGCCAGCCCGUGUGCAAGUGCCGCGACCGCUGCGAGCGCGAGCCCCACUUCACCUGCGCCUCGGACGGCAUGACCUACUACAACAAGUGCUACCUGGACGCCGAGGCCUGCAACAAGGGUGUCAGCAUCACCGAGAUGUCCUGCCGCUACCAGCUGCCCUGGUUCAACACCAGCCCCCUGCCCGAGGAGACCACUCUAAACCCCACCACGGCCCAGCUGGAGACUACUCCCAUGGACAUCCAGCUGCCCAUGAUGACCAACAAGCCCAUCCACCAGUCGGUGUUCGUGGGCGAGACGGCCAGCUUCCUGUGCGAGGUGGUGGGCCGGCCCAAGCCCGAGAUCACCUGGGAGAAGCAGCUGGCCGGCCGCGACAACCAGGUGAUGCGGCCCAACCACGUGCGCGGCAACGUGGUGGUCACCAACAUCGGCCAGCUGGUCAUCUACAACGCCCAGCUCCAGGACGCCGGCAUCUACACCUGCACGGCGCGGAACCUGGGCGGCUCGCUGCAGGCCCACUUCCCCCUGUCGGUGGUCAAGCGCGAGCAGGUCAUCGCGGCCGAGGAGGGCCAGGCGAGGGUCAACGGCAGCAGCGGCGGCGGCGGCGGCGUCAGCGUCCGGCUCCCCGCCGAGGAGUGCCUCAAGGCGCCGGACACGGGCUCCUGCGGCGAGGAGAGCGUGAGCUGGUACUACGAGGCCAAGCGCAACAACUGCUUCGCCUUCACCUACGGCCAGUGCAACAAGAACCGCAACCACUUCGACGGCUACCAGGCCUGCAUGCUGUCGUGCGGCGCGGCCGAGGUGACCGCCCCGUGCUCGCUGCCGCCCGUGCAGGGCCCCUGCAAGGCCUACGAGCCGCGCUGGGCCUACGACCGCGCGCUCAAGCAGUGCCAGUCGUUCGUCUACGGCGGCUGCGGCGGCAACGAGAACAACUUCGAGAACCGGGAGGCGUGCGAGGACGCGUGCCCCUUCCCCAAGGGCAGCCACUGCAAGGUGUGCAAGCCGCGGCAGAAGAUGGUGGCCAGCUUCUGCCGCGCGGACUUCGUGAUCCUGGGCCGCGUGACGGAGCUGACCGAGGACCAGGACUCGGGCCACGCGCUGGUCACCGUGGAGGAGAUCCUGAAGGACGACAAGAUGGGCCUCAAGUUCUUCGGCAAGGAGCCGCUGGAGGUGACGCUGCUCAACGUGGACUGGAGCUGCCCGUGCCCCAACAUCACGCGCGCCUCCUCCUCCUCCUCCUCCUCCUCCUCCUCCUCCUCCUCUGGCGGAGACGCCGCCGGGCAGCUGGUGGUCAUGGGCGACGUGCACAACGGCAUGGCCGUGCUCCAGCCCGACAGCUUCGUGGGCGCCUCGUCGGCCCGGCGCGUGCGCAAGCUCCGCGAGGUGGUCAGCAAGAAGACCUGUGACUUUCUCAAGGAUCUAAGCGCCGCCUAGGCCACAGGAAGCACGAAGGACGCCGUCCUAGUCCGUCCGCUCGGGCUUCUCUGACUGUCAUCUGGACUCAGUGACUCAAUGGCUCAAUUGAGUCCAUGAUGGAUCAAGCUCUCCCAAGAGAUGUAAUGAUUUCACAAAUGGGACUUUAUAUAUAAAUUUAUCAGAGUAGUAAAAAUCAUAUAUAUCAUUUAUCUAACGGAUGUAUAACUGAUUGUUCCAUCCUAAAAGAUCUCAUCUUAUGUAUCCUAUUUGAAUCUAGCUUUGAGCGGAAACUUAACUUUUCUUUCAAGCACUUAUACUGUAAAAGGCAUAGGUAAGACUAUUUUAGUGCAACUAAAAUUGUUCUUAGUGUUGUGUUUUAAAAUGAAAAUUUCCUUCUUGUCAGAAGUACAUGUAUGCCUACUGGGCAAUAAUUGAAGACGAAUCCAUAGCAUGGUGACUCUCAGUGGAGAGGCAUUCAGAAUAGCAACAUGCAGUAAACGUUUAACUGAUGUUCUCAGUCAGUUCUCAGCUGAUGAUCACCAUACAAAAGGUUUUAUUAAAUAUCAAAUCAAUAUAUGAUAACAGAACAUGUAAUGUUUAUGUUCUUGCACCUUGUAGAUCUAUUUUGUGAAAAUACAUAAACCUGCUCUUCAUAUCUAUCUAUCUAUCUAUCUAUAUAUAUAUAUUACUUUCUGUAUAUUUAUUUGGUUUGUUUUCAUUUCAAGCUACAAUUCACUUCUGUAGUAAUUGCUUUGAACGCGUGAACGUGUUUCAAAAUCCACAUUGUUGAAAAUGUACAUAAUAUGAGUGAGAUAGCCCCCCUGUAA